AUCCAACAAGUGGACAGUAACAGUAGGUCCGGCACAAGCGAGUCAGUCGGGAAAAGCCUAAAAUUGAUAGACUGCGAGCACCGUCGAGUCGUCUCGCAAGAUAUCACGGCGCGGAAUUUCUCUCCGUCUCUCGAAGAUGGGACGGAGGGUAAUCGAGAUCGCGCUUCUUCUCCAUCUCUUACUCUCGCUCUCGCUCCAUGGAGCCCGUGCUCACCAGGAGGCUGAAGGGGCUGCUGGAACAAGAUCCCUUUUGCAAGAAGUUGCACACAAACAUGAAGUGCAUUGUUCUAGAGAAAGAAGUAGAACUGCCUGGAAAAUUAUUGAGGAGUAUCUGAUGCCAUUUGUGGAUCAAGAGCGGUAUCUAAUUUCAAGCAAGUGUAGACUUCAUCCUGAGAAUGACAUGUUCCGUGAACAGGAGCAGCACAAAAUUCAUGUGGAUUCAAAUGAGUGGCGCUGUGGACUUUGUAAAAAAAGCUUCCGUGCAGAGAAAUUCCUUGAUCAACAUUUUGAUAACCGACACAAUAAUCUACUAAACGAUAGUCAAGGACGAUGCUUGGCAGAUCUAUGUGGAGCGCUGCACUGUGACCUGAUGGCUGACUUCAAGAAGACCAAGACCAAAUGCAAUCCUGCAGCUGCUGCUAGGAACCGCCAUCUUUGUGAGAGCCUUGCAGAUAGCUGUUUUCCCACUAACCAAGGUCGCACGGCAAGCCAUCUUCAUGAACUUUUCUUACGGCAAUUCUGUGAUGCUCACACAUGCAGUGGAGGGCGAAAACCCUUCUCUAGAGGGGGCAAGAAGCAAUCAAGCGUAUUUUACCUUGCUGUUUGCAUAUUGACAGUGAUGCUGUUACCUCUGUUCUAUCUUUUGGUUUAUUUGCAUCAGAGAGAGAUGAGGAAGGGCACUCAAGAUCUGAAACGUAUAUCAAAAACAAUGCGCAAGUCAAAGCCAUCCUAGGUGGCAUGUUGUAUAUUUGAAUGCUUAUGGGAUUGCAUGACGUUCAUGGGUUGAAGAAGGCAUUAUGCAUCAAAACUUGCAGGCAGGUUAAGCUGGUGCAGAGCUGCUUCACUGAGUCUCCACCAACCUCCUUGUAAAAUUGCUUUGAAUUGACAGAGGUUCUGUCCGACCUUUGUGUUAUCUGGGUCUUCACCUGUCUACCAAGAAUGCAGUAGUGCAGUUCAUAAAUGAGAGUCCAAAUUUGUCAUUUCCUUCGUGCAGACCACUACUUGAGUUUUGUACCAUUGAUGAUAUAAUCUGAAAUGCCUCAACAAAACUUCCUUCUUUGGAAUUGUAUGUUCGGCAAGAAUUGUAAGCAUUCGGCGUGUACUCGAACAGAAACCAUUUAAUUUUAAAGAACCAUGAAUUACGAUAUGCUGAAUUCUGCCCCA